UGGAACUCGCGUUGUCAAGUAAAUAAUAUUCUCAUAUUCAUAUUCUCGAAUAAAAAGGGCAUAACAAUAUUUUGGGAAGAUUAAGUUGCAAUAAAAUGUGUACUUUGGUGCAUCAACAAGCAAACUUGGCACGUCAAAUAAUGAUGGACGAAAUACAGAGUGGCUAAAAGACAUAGGCAGUAGGGGCUAUAUUCUGUCUACGCUCACAAAGGAAGAGUUGGAUGCAAUAAAUCCGAAAGAAAGAUUGAACACCAAACACGAUAAGAAAAAAUCUCUUAUUAUACUUAAGUACAAAUUGGUUGCAGUGGCAGAGAACAUUACAACAGACUGCUGUCAUUAGCCAUUCGGUAGACACGACUAUUCUACCAGGGCUUUUCCAGUACAAUAAUAUCAGAGGGACUGACCUCCACAGCGUUAUCCAUACUCCAAGUAUGAUUUGAUGUGGUCUACGUACAGCUCGUAAAACGAAGAUGCCUUCAAGUAUCAACGCCUCUUCACCGUUCAAACAAAAAAAACCUAAGAAAAUGCAGACGCUAAAAUCAUCAAUUCCUGGAAGAAAAAACAAAUUAAUUAAAGAUACUGACGGAUAUCUAUCUAAAGGAAUUAUUAAUUUAUUAGUCGACUUAUCGGUCGAACACGCAAAUUCGGCAAAACAAUGUUUUUUCUGUCAAAACUAUUUGUGGAACUGUUCAAUUUUACAACGACAGAUAUCGAAUAAUAUUACAUUUCAAGGCGUACCAUACUUACCUGAUGUUAAAUUAAUUAACAACUUUAACGCUGAUUUCUUAUUGCAAUAUGCUAAUAGUCUGUCAGAUACUGCAUCGUCCUACGGUGACGAAAAAAAUACUAAUCAAGAAGAUACAAUUAAAAAUGAGAUCGCAAAUAAUUUCGACUUACAGUUUGAUUUUUUAGAAGAAACAGGUUCAACUGAAAUAGACGAAUUCGUUUAUGUCAACGAGGAAGAAAUAAUUAACGCUAAAUACGACUUACAACUUCGAGAUAAUAAUCAAGACUCCAACGAUCUCAAAAAGACUUUAGAAUAUUUCGGAUUGCGCAGCCUUGACGAUAUGUUUGUUGAUUCUGAUAAUAAAGGAGCAGAUUACGAGUCUGACAACACUAUAAUUUACUCACCUUAUAUUCCCACUAAAGAGGAUACUAUUAUUGUUUUAACUGAUGAUGGCAGUGACUUGGAAGACAAUACAGUGACGUUAGUAAUAAAUAGUGAAGCAAUUAAUAAACCAGCAAUAAAAAAUAUUGCCCAGACGUCUAUUAAUAGUGCUAUUAAUUUACCGAAUAGUUCUAUCAAAAAUUAUAUUGAAGUUAUCCAAACAAACACUUCAGUUUUUGCUAUUGAAGAUAGUAAAUGCGUCUUUAAAGAUCACAUAGACAAUAAUGAAAAAAUAUUACCAAAAUUGCACAAUAAAGAUGACUACAUAGAAACAGAUCAUGAACCAGUUAUCACACCAAUCACAAUAAAUGGUGCAAACGCAAUUUCAAAUAAGAAGAUUAAUUUACCAAAUAGUCCCAUCAAAAAUGUAGAAGUUAAUAACACAAACAUUAUUUUCAUUGGACAUAGUAAAAAUGAAGCAAGAGAGAGAAAUGAUGACAUCGAAAUAGAUUAUGAAACAGUCAACUAUCCAAUAACAAAAACUGAUGCAUACUCGGCUUCAAAUAGCCCUAUUAAUUUAUCAUACAGUCCCACUUCAACAGAAGUAGAAGUUAUAGAAAGAAACACUGCAAUUAUUGUUAUUGAAGAUAGUAAAACUGGCCUAGAGGAUAAUGCAGAUGUAUUUAAUGAAGGAAUAUUACAACUAGAGCAAAAUCAACCAACAGUUAACAAGCCACCAUCAAAAUAUUUUGCAAGCUCAACUAUUUAUACGCCUAAUUACUUUAAAGAUAAAUUCGAAGCUGUCGAAACACGCUCUAACAGUUAUGUUAUUACCGAUAGUGAUAGCGACUUUGAAGACUAUGCAGACAAAGGAGAGAAAUUACUGAGAAAUCGAAAUGAUAGUUCUGAUAAUAAAGUAAUCGAAACAUAUGUUAUUACAGAUAGUGAUAGCGAUUUAGAGAUAUGUCAUGAAGAAAAAAAUCAAUAUUCGCGUUAUUAAAAUAACGAUGUCAAAAAUGUAAUGUUGUCAACAAUGUUCUUUACAUGUACCUACUAGGAAACUGUGGAAGUUUUUAACUGGAAAACUGUUGUACCUCGGAACAAAACAAAUCGUUUAUGGCCAUUAAUACAAGACUCUUUGGAUUUUAUCUGAAGACGGCGUGUGUGUUUUUUAUAACACGACAGGUGUUGAUUGCAGACACUCAGUGGUAGGUACUUAAAGUAUGAUGAGUAAUGACAUGCCUUGCAAAGCUGAAUGGGAUUAUAUAUGUACAAAAAGAAAUUCGAAUGAUUAGGACAACAUUUUUCUUCCAACCAAUUCCUUAUGACCUGAAGUUUGUUUGGUUUAACGCGUUUCCUCUCAGUAACCACGUGUUUGUUGUAGGAUAGUCCAUUUAUCGAGGAAGCCUAUAAGCUAUAUAAGAUCACGCUAAUAACAAUUGGAGCGGAGAAUAAAUGAAAGAUGUAGACAACUAAAAAGCGUGCGGAGUCCUCCAAUCGGAACUGGGCCAGCAUGGUGGACUACGGAAACCCUUCUCAUUGCGGAAGGAGACCCGUACCCUGUAGUAGGCCGGUAAUGAGUUGAUAUGAUGAUUCAAAAAGUUAGCUUUUGACUACUGGUAGCAGGCUUAGGUUUGAAUAGUUUUAUAAAGUUUAAUUAUCAUGCCUAAACUUUGACCUUUUUUAUUAUUUGGUCACAAUGGUGCUUAUAACAGCUUCUAGCAACUAAGUCGGUUUAAUGUAAAUGUGUUAAUACUCAUCUUUUAUCUUGUUUGCAACUUGUGGUUUGUAACUUUCAACGACUCCCGUCAAUAAAACUGGUUGUUUGUUUUACUUUCCUUUAUAGACAAUUACCUACUUAUUACAAUAAUUAGGUGUUAUGGGAAGUACAGAAUCACCUUCUACCAACUGUCUUUUUAAGUUCGCUAUCCUCGUUUUUCCCACCAUCACCGGUAAAUUCCCCCUUUUCUCCCCCUGACAUUGACACCACAACAAGACCUAAAAUCUUCGUUCAGGAAUCGGGAAUACUCAACAACUGAUGUCGCAUCGAUAUAAUUU